AUGGCUCGACUCAUUGGACAAUCAACGCGUACAUUGGCAACCGCAACUACAAAUACCGCAAGUAGACUCUCUGACAGUUUGCCCGAAAUGUCUCCUGUGUCAACACACGGUGGAACAAAGUACGGCGGCAAGUUCACAGUCACUCUCAUUCCUGGUGAUGGCACUGGUCAUGAACUGGCUGCUUCUGUAAAAACGAUUUUCAAGGCUGCUCAUGUCCCCGUUGAAUGGGAAAUAUUCGAUCUAUCUGGCUACACUGAAGGUCGUUCUAAUGCUGUUAUGAAGGAAGCCAUGGACUCUAUCAGAAGGAAUAAGGUUGCUCUCAAAGGAAUUCUACAUACGCCCAUUUCCAAACUGGGUCACACCUCCUUUAACGUCCAUCUACGUCGUGAUUUGGAUGUAUAUGCUUCAAUCACACUCAUUCGAAACUUUCCUGGUCCAUGGCCUGCUCGACACAAGAAUGUCGACUUUACAAUCAUCCGUGAAAACACAGAGGGUGAGUACUCUGGUCUAGAACAUCAACCGGUACCUGGUGUGGUAGAAAGUUUAAAAGUCGUAACUCGAGCAAAGACGGAACGUAUUGCCCGAUUCGCCUUUGAUUAUGCUUUGAAGAAUGAUCGAAAGAAAGUCACUAUUAUUCAUAAGGCUAAUAUUAUGAAAUUGGGUGAUGGUCUCUUUCUGAACGUAUGUCGUGAAGUAGCCAAGCAAUAUGAGAGCUCUGGUAUCAAGUUUGAUGACAUGAUUGUCGACAAUGCAUCCAUGCAGCUUGUAUCAAAACCAUCUCAAUUCGAUGUAAUCGUAUGUGGUAACUUGUAUGGAACCAUUCUAUCAAACGUUGGUGCUGCGCUAGUUGGUGGGCCUGGUCUCAUUCCAGGAGCAAACAUUGGACGUGAAAUCGCUGUAUUCGAACCUGGUUGUCGUCAUGUUGGUCGACAGAUUAUGGGUCGAAAUGAAGCCAAUCCAACUGCUAUGCUUCUCAGUGCAGUGUCCAUGCUUAGACAUUUAGGUUUGGAUGGACAAGCACGACAAAUCACUCAAGCUGUGAAUGCAGUUCUUUCAGACGGAACGUGUUUAACUCCUGAUGUAGGAGGCACUAAUACUACUACAGAUUUUACACUAGCCGUCAUCUCAAAUCUAUAG